AUGGAUGAUAUUGUGACAUUGAUAUUGUUAUCACUGGCUAUGCUAGUCGGUUGUUACCUUUCAGGUAUCAUUCCAUUAGCAUUUACUCUGUCAGAGGAAAAAUUAAAAUUGAUAACAGUAUUAGGAGCAGGUUUAUUAGUUGGAACAGCCCUGGCAGUUAUUAUUCCUGAAGGUGUACAUGCUAUGUAUUCAGGGGGAGUUAAACCAGCAGAGAAACAUGAACAUGAACAUGGACAUCAUCAUGAUAUGUCAGAAGAACACAGUAAAAUAGGAAUAAGUUUAGUUGCUGGGUUUAUAUUUAUGUUAUUAGUUGAUCAGAUAGGAGGUGGACACCAUCAUUCAUCUACAGAUGCUGAAUCAGCAGGAGAAACUCUAGCUCAAAAAAGAAAUAAAAUAACAGCUACUAUAGGUUUAGUUGUACAUGCUGCAGCUGAUGGUAUUGCAUUGGGAGCAGCUAUUACACUAGCAGAAAGUCAUAUAACUAUGGUAGUGUUUAUAGCUAUUAUGUUACAUAAGGCACCGGCAGCAUUUGGUUUAGUUUCAUUUUUAUUACAUGCUGGUUUUGAUAGAUCUCGAAUUAGAAAACAUUUGUUAUGUUUUUCUAUAGCAGCUCCGUUAACAGCUUGUAUAACAUAUUUUAGUCUUAGUAAUCAAAGUAAAGAAACUUUAAGUGACAUGCACACAACAGGAAUAGCCAUGUUAUUUAGUGCAGGAACAUUUCUUUAUGUAGCCACAGUACACGUCUUACCUGAAAUCUCCACCGAACAUUCACAUCAUAAAAGUCCAGAUGGAACUGUGAUAGUGAGAGAACAUAAAGGAUUUAAAAAAAUCGAACUGCUAGCCUUAGUAGUGGGUGCUAUUUUACCAGUUAUUUUGGCAGUGGGACAUAAACAUUGA